UUUCCCAUCACUUUCGCCUUCCAUUCGAAAUGAUUGAAGGUCCACCAGAACCAACAAUGGCAGCAACCCGAUAUAGAAGUCACCGUCAAUUCCUCUUCACUAUCUUCCUUUUACGCAAUGGAAUAAGUAGAAGAAGAAGAAAAAACAAAAUCAAAAAUCAAUGCUUCUUCAUUCGCAUAAUGUGUCUCAAGAAACCGAUUCUUCCGUUUCUUUCAAGUCGGAAUCGUUUCGCAAUAGUGAGAAUUAAGAGUACUAGAGAAAUGUUAGAAACUCAUCGAAUUCGCUUCAUAUGAAGAUUUGAUUAUUUGUUCAUUAAUUGCUCUAAUUAUUUGCGAUUCCUGUGCCGUUGCCUGACCGGCGGAGAAUGCUCGUGUGUCAUGAUAUGGCUGGUGGAUAUAAAGACGAUAAAUGGGUUCAGGGAGGAACUAACCCAGAUGCUUUUGGAAUAUGGCAUUGGUAUUUGAUCGAUGUUUUUGUGUAUUUCUCGCAUGAUUUGGUCACGCUUCCACCUCCUUGUUGGACAAAUACAGCUCACAGGCACGGUGUCAAGGUGCUAGGAACUUUUAUUCUUGAAGGAGGGGGAAAGGAUGUUCGGGAUACCUUGCUUUUAACAAAGAAAUCUGCUCAAAUGUAUGCGGAGCGAUUAACCGAACUUACUACUGCAUUAGGCUUUGAUGGAUGGCUGAUCAAUAUGGAAAUCUCUUUGAAUUCUCACCAAAUUCCCCAUUUGAAAGAAUUUGUCAGCCAUUUAGCUCAGUCCAUGCAUUCUAAGCUACCAGGUUCUUUAGUUAUAUGGUAUGACUGUGUAACCAUAGAUGGUAAGCUUGACUGGCAAAAUCAAUUGAAUGAGAAAAACAAACCUUUCUUUGAUAUCUGCGAUGGAAUAUAUGUAAACUAUGGUUGGAAAGAAGAUACUCCUAAAAAUUCUGCUGCUGCUGCUGGAGAGAGAAAGUAUGAUGUGUAUAUGGGCAUUGAUGUUUUUGGGAGAGGUACUUAUGGUGGUGGAGAAUGGCAUACAAAUGUUGCGCUGGAUGUUCUGAGAAAGGAUGAUGUUUCGGCAGCCAUAUUUGCUCCUGGAUGGGUGUAUGAGCACAAGCAGGAAACAGAUUUUCAGACUGCUCAAAAUAAAUGGUGGAAUCUUGUGAAGAAAUCAUGGGGUUUAGUGCAAAGUUACCCAAAACUGUUACCAUUCUACUCAAAUUUUGAUCAGGGUCAUGGUCAUCAUGUUUCCGUAGAUGGAGAACAAAUAUCAGAUGCUUCUUGGAACAAUCUGUCCAGUCAAGGGUUCCAGCCUAUACUUGAUGUGACUGAUGCUUCAACUUCACAUUCUAUCCAAGCUUAUUUGAAUUUUAAGGAAGUCUACAAUGGGGGAGGAAGCAUUGCAUUAGAAGGGACUCUGGAGCAAAAUUGCUACACUGAAAUACGACUCUUUCAAGGAGAGCUUGUUUUGGGGGAAGUUCCUUUAAUACUCAUGUAUUCGUCACAAUCAAAUGGGGAUUCUCAACUAGGCCUUUCGUUGGAGUUUCUUUCUAGCACAAAUAAGAGAAAGUUACUUCUUACCUCCAGCAUUCAAAAGCAAUUCUCAAACGAUUUCUCUGAAGUGAUUGAGACUACUACACUUGAAGCACCUAGAAUUUCUCCUCACUGGUCCGUUCAAGUUGGUUGUAUUCAAAUGAAUGGAUACAAACUAACAAACAUAAAUAUUCUAUGCUAUAGAUCAAGCCUUGAAAUUAAUGAACCGAAAUACAUAUCUGAACUUGUUGACAAAAAUAACACACUAGAUUGCAGUUCGCCAUCUAAGUACUUCGCGGUGCUCGGAAAUAUCACUUUACGAACUUGUGAGGAGCCAGAUCUUCCUCCCAAUGCUUCAUGGAUAGUUGAAAGUCCAUAUAUUAAAUGGACUCCAAGUCCAGAGGGAACAAGGACGCUUGACAUUAAGAUCACUUGGAAGUUGAAAGAUAGCUGUAACCAUACAGUGAUCGAUCACUACAAUGUCUAUGUGGUAAAAGUAGCUGAAGGUUGCAAUUCCCAUCUCGACAAAUUACAAAAUGUCCCAGAGUAUCUUGGGGUGGCACAUGUAGAAGCUUUUUAUGUUUCUAACCUUGCAGUUCCUUCUAGCACCUCAUGUCUCAAAUUUACGAUCCAAGUUUGUGGAGUGGAUGGGAGUAGCCAGAGGUUGGAAGACGCUCCAUUUAUUAAUUUGGAUAUUGAAGGUCAGUAAGUGACCAAAUAUUCUUAUUUAAUUUGUAUUGAUUUUCUUCAUUUUAGGAGAAAGUGAAUAAUGUAUUUCCUCAUAAUCAAGCAAUGGCAAUAAACUUUGUUCUUUUUUUUAUUUUU